UCAAAAUAAAAAAGGAUUAUAUUAGCCUUUUUUUUUAAUUUAUUUUUGCGACAAAAAUUUUAAAAAAAAUUAUUUGAAAAAAUUGUCCUAAAUAUUUUGUGUUAAAAAUUUGGUCUUUGUCAGCAUAAUAACUUUUUUGAUCUUAUGAGAUAAAAUGCAUAGAUUUAAUUAAAGAAAAAUGUAUUAGACUCAAGUCACUCAACAAAGUUUUGAUUUUUAUUUUCUGGAAUUUUUUAAUAUUAUCAUCUCUGAAAAAUGACCUUUCGUUUAAUGGUAGAGUAUUCUGCGUCCAUCUUUAAGCCCCAUCACCCUACUAAAAGGCCAACGCUUUUUUGUCCUAUUCGCUUCGCUAGUUGCUUACACACGUUCAUAGAAAGAUAAAAUAAUUCCUCUCGAGUGACCAGAAAAUUGUCUACCGUUAACACGAGACGCAAUAGUAUUACGUAUUGAUCAUAUGAUAUCGCAUUUACAUAGAGUAUAGAGAGACCAUUAUAAUCAAAGUAAUGGACGUAAUUAAGGCUACUCUAAUGAAAAUUCAAUUCACAUAGCGAUUGGAGAUUUCAUAAGCCAGUUUGGACUUUAGUUUGAGAUCCUAUAUUAUGAGAAUUAUAUAUUAAGAGAAACCUAUAUUUUUUUGUUUGCAUGAAUUAAUUGCAAACUGUACUCUGCAAUUAUUAAUAGUAAAAUUUACGCCCAUGACGGUGAACUCAUUUUAACAAAAAAAAAAAAAGAAUGGCGGUAAACUCAUUAUUCAUUAAUACUGCUAUAUAUAUACAGGGAAUUAAAAGGUCACUAUGACAGUGGCGGAGCUAGCAAAGUAUUUACCGGGGUCAUUGUUAGAAUCAACAUAUAUAUUACAUGGGUUAAUAAGCCUAUUUUACAAUAUUUUCUCAGUUUUCACAGUAAAAGCACAAGUAAAAUUUGUUUUUUUUUUAAUUUCACAUGGGUCAUAUGACCCACCUCACAAUGAACUGCCUCCGCCACUGCACUAUGAGCAAAAAAAAAAAAACAAAGUCGACUAGCAUGCACAUGAUCAAGCUUAAAAUUUUAGCGAUAUAACCAAAAUAAAAAAAAAUUGAUUAAAAUUUAGUUAUAUAAAUUUAUUUUAGUGCUGGUUCUGAUGAGUACUUCGUGAUAAUUAUAGUUAGCAUAUUUUCUAAAUUAAAAUCGAUCUCCAUCGCUCUCGGAUAGAUUUGUGAUUAGGUACGGGGGCAAAGACGAAGAGUAUUUUAGCCUUUCUUGUGAUACUUUUAGAUUUUGAGCGGUCUUAUCUUGUUCUACACCUUACCUUUUACCAUGGGUACGGUUCCGGUAAGGCCACCACCUCCUCCGGCUGAUUUACAUCUUCGUCGGAACGCCUCUUCAACGAUGGCUUCGAGAUCUCCGGCAAUGGUUGCCGCAGUUUCGAGCCGGCAUUUUCUUGGGUUCUUUACUUAUAAUAGAUGCUUUGAGUUUAAAUCCUUGAGCCAAAUGAGGUAUCCGGCUUUUUUGAGCCGUCGGCGGCGAGUAACCACGGUGGUGGCUUCGGCGGGAAACUUGACGGCUCCGUCGUCGUGGGAGUCUUGGAAGCCAGAUAAGACGGCGGUGGCGACGCCUCUAUUGCUGAGUGAUGUCAUCUGGCCGGCAGCUGGUUGGAGUUUUAAUGUUGAUAAAAAGAAAGGGGAAAUGUUACUUGCUUUGGAAUUGAAGUCUUCUCUGGAAGAGUUACAGAAAAACGUUAUAGAGGAUUUUGGUUUUGAAGAAACAGAUGCUGAUUUGGAGUUGAGUUACCUUCCUAUUGGAUUGAUCAAUUCAUCAAAAUGUCCACCAGUGAUCAUUGGAAACUCAAUGCAAGUUCAAAAUUUUCUAGGGUUUUGUAAGAAGCAUCAGUCAACUCAAUUGUGUGUCAGCUAUAAAGCAAAGCAAGGAAAUCCAAAUAAGAUCGACAUUGAUCUUAAUAAGAUGCCAACUGAUGCAAGUACUAGUGAAGAGAACGAGCGAAAUCCUUGUGACAUUGGGACCGCUUCAAAUAUUGUUAAGGGGGCUAAGCAUAACGAGAAGAGGAAAGGGAAGAUGAAGCAAAGUGAAGUUGAUGGAGAUGAUUAUGAUGCUGACAAGCAUAACGAGAAGAAGAAAGGAAAGAUGAAGCAAGACGAGGUUGAAGGAGAUGAUUAUGAUGCUGACAAGAUCAAUUCUGAAAAAGAAAACAGAGAAAAAUUGGCAAAAAGUCAGGUGGUGGAAUUGGUUAAGACGGGAGAUCUUUUCCUCAACAAAACAAUUUUGAAAGCGAGGUUUGAGUUAUGUGCAAUGAAGCAUAACUUUCACUACACAGUUACCAACUCCAAUAAAUCAGUUUGGUGUAUUAGAUGCGCUGAUAAGGUGUGCUUUUGGGGUGCUCGAGCUGAGUGUUUGAAGGGCUCCACAUAUUUUAUUAUUAAGAAGUAUGUCGGUGUACAUUCUUGCGCACCUUCAAACAAAACCAGUGCCGGAAAGACCGCUUCGGCAAAAACGAUAGGCAGUCUGCUAAUGCAUAAAUAUGAAGGUAUCAAGGAAGGGCCUAAAGUGAAAGAUAUUGUUCAGAUUAUGCGUAAUGAUUAUGGAUGUGAGAUCUCUGAUUCUUUAGCAUGGGAUUCCCGUGAAUAUGCAGUUAACGCUGUUAGAGGUAUUCCAGAGGAAAGUUAUGGGAAAAUACCAAAAUACUUGCACAUGCUGCGAGAGGCCAAUCCGGGUACACAUUCCUCUUACAAGACUGACGUCGAUGGUAGAUUUCAAUAUCUGUUUAUAGCGUUUGGUCAAUCGAUCAGAGGCUUUAACACAGUCAUGAGGCGUGUCAUUGUUGUCGAUGGAACAUUCUUGAAGAGUAAAUUCAAAAGGGUGCUAUUGGUUGUAACUGCUAUAGAUGGAAAUUCAAAUUUAUAUCCUAUUGCAUUUGGGAUAGUAGACUCUGAGAAUGAACAGUCUUGGGAAUGGUUUAUGAGACAAUUAAAAGUUGUUGUUGCUGAUGAUAAUGGUUUGGCUUUUAUUUCGGAUAGACAAGUGUCAAUAGCGAAGGCACUGGAGAAAGUGUAUCCGCUAGCGAGACAUGGUAUUUGUAUUCAUCAUUUGUUGAAUAAUGUGAUAUCAUAUUUCAAGGGUAAGGGAUUAGCUGGGUUGAUUUCUAAGGCUUCAAAGGCUUAUAGAGUGGUUGAUUUCAAGAAGACAUUUGCUCAUGUUUGCAAUAUCAGUCCAGCAAUUGGAAAUUAUCUUAUGGAAGCAGAUGUCAAAAAGUGGGCUAGAUGUCAAUUUCAUGGAUACAGGUAUGACAUUAGGACAAACAAUCCUGCAGAGUCGAUAAAUUCUACGUUGCGUUCGCCGAGAGAGUUUCCCGUAAUUCCUUUGUUGGACAGUAUUAGAGAAAUGCUGACACGCUGGUUUUUUAAGCGUAAGAAGUUGAUUUCAAAGCACACCCACCAUUUGACCAUAGAUGUGGAGGAAAAGAUUGAUAGGAGAAUUGGAAAGGGGAAAACUUUCAGAGUUUACCCUGUAACCGAUAGCCAGCUGCUUGUUAAAGGCGAUACAAUUGACUGCUUUGUUGAUUUGGACAAAUGGACUUGUUCUUGUGGGAAGUACGACCUCUUGAAAAUCCCUUGUAGACACGCAAUAAAAGCUGGUUUCUUUGUUGGUAGAGAACCAUAUACAUUGACUGAUAUUUUGUAUACCACGGGAGCUUGGAGAGAAGCUUAUCAAGAAAGCAUAAAUCCCAUUUCAGUUCCUGAAGAUGGUUGGUCUGUCCCACAAGUUGUGGAAAAUUCUGAAGUGCUACCGCCUGAGAUAAGAAGAUCUCUUGGAAGAAAUAGAAAACGCAGAUAUGAAACUGUUGAAGACAAAAUCCGAUCAUCACAAGGAUCACAGGGGGGGGGUCAGUCUCGUAAGUGCAGUAGAUGUGGUCUUGGUGGUCAUAAUAGAGCAACUUGCAAGAUGCCAAUAUAGUGGAUUUGUUUGCUGUGUUCUUCACAAUUUAGUGAAAGUUUUCCAAACUUCAUUUGCUUGAUUUCUAGUAACUUUGUUUCUAUUUGUGACAACUUUGUUUCAGUUUUCCUGAUUAUAUUUGCUUGAAUUUUAGUAACUUUGUUUCUAUUUGGGACAACUUUGUUUAAUUUUCAUGUCGUAUUAACUUGGUUAGAAGAACGGUCGAUCCAUCGGUCGAUCCUCAUCAAUAUGCAAAACAAACAAAAACACGGAAAAUCUUUUGAUCGACCUGGUACAGUUCUCUCGAUCGGCAGAGCUCGAUCUCGUACCGACCGAUCGAUCAAAAAUAUGGAUCGAUCGAUCGGAAAUUUGGAUCGAUCGAUUGACAGUUUGGAACGAUCGAUCCCAUACUCUGAUACAUCUUAUUUGAACCGAAUUUAACUCAGCAAAAUAGAGAGAAUAUGAUAAAAACCUCCAUUUAUCUUUUCCUACAUAACUAUACUUAAUAGAAUGAUAACUUACUAUAGGUUAUAUAAUUUAUAAAAGUUAUAAUCCAAACUGGACUAAUAAAACAUGCAAACAAUCCAGAUUCGAAUUCAAAAUGCGUAGAAAAUUUAAAAAACCGGUGGAAUACAAUGGAAAGAUAUAACUGAUACUGAUCAUUGGUGGUCAUCAGGACUGCAGCUCCUACUCUGUCCUGGUGCUCGUCUGCUCCUAUGGAGGCGUGAACCUCGCUCUUCAUCGGUUGCUUCAUCAGAUGGUUCAUUUCCUGCGUCGUCUCUAGUCAUACCAGCUGCCUCUGAAGUCUUUGGAGCGCGGCAGCAGGAAGGAGUAGGUGGACAUCUAAUCUUUGCAAGUGCACCCCACACAGUCUGCAUCAUCGUCGAGAGCUUGACUAAUGUAUCGGCAGUCCAUGCGAACUGCUGCUGCUGUGUACCAUCUAAUGGUGGUGCUCCAGAAUCAAACUGACCAGUAUAUGGUGGUAACAAAUACUCUAUAGAAGGGUUUGGAGUAUGAUUGACUGAGAUAUCCGGGAUGGUGUCAUCCUCACAUUGUGUCUGCGCAGGACCAGAAGAAGAAGAACCACGACGACGUUUUGAAGCUAGUGGAGGAGGCGUGUAAAGAACUUCAGCAGGAGGCAUGAACUCCAUGUUCUCCACAGACGUCAGAGAUGUGAUAGCGGGUUGUGGAAGCUUGCAAUGAAGGAUUGUCCCAUCAGGCAUGGUAAAACGGUAUAUUUUACCAGAAUGAAGGAUCUUGGUGUUUAGGAAGAACUGGGCAUCAAAUCUGUCAAUCGUAUCCACACAAGGAGUAUCCGAAAGAUCAAUAUCAUGGUGCAUGAAGAUCCGAGUAAGUAGACUGCCAAUAGACUCAUCCAAAGGCUUCCUGUCAAGAGGACGAAGACCCCUAAACUUCCUUUCAAACAACAUCUGAGCAAACAAUGCUCCCAUGUUUACCGAAAGCUCUGCUGGAGGUUCAUCUGCAACGUCAUACGUCGGCCUGAGAGCUAAUGGCAGCCCGUAGUGAAUAAGUUGCGCUUUAUCUUCAGUAAGUGAUCCUGCUUCUGAUUUUCCUAGUAGAAGAUGACCCAGAUAUUUUGCUACCACUCGCAAGACCGGGUUUCUGAGCAUUGCAAGUUUAGCUUCCCGAGAUACAUAAGAACUGUCUGCAAUCUUGCUUCACCUCUCUCAGUAUCAGCUGUUUGAUCAUCUCCUUUCUCUUCGCCAGAUUCCUCAAAUUCAGAGUUCGUAGCUUCUUUUACUCUCCAAUCAUGUUUACUAUUGAUCAUAUCCAAAAUGCGAUCUACUCUUUCAUCUUUCUUCUCAUCCUUCUGUACAAAAUCAGUUGCCAAAAGGACCACUCCAUCUAUGUGGGAUUCCAUGAAUGAAUGCAAAAUCCCCUACAAACAAUCAAAUCAUUAGUAAAGUGAACAAGAUAAUAAAUAUUUUAAUUUGAAAAAUAUAUGCAUACAUUUUCUGGGAAUAAGUUCUCAACGCCAAUGAUAUCUUCAUAAGAACAUUUUGCACAUCCUCUCCAAUUACCACACAGUGGACCUGUAAAAUUUUUACUGACUUUUGUGCCACAAAUCUCUCCUAAAGCAGGAACAGCUUCCAUUAUCAAAAUUUGGAAACCAAACAAGAAUCCUUCCAUCAGAUACCCCUCUUUCUGCUCUAAUUUAUGCCUUGUUUUA